CAGGGUAGUUAGCCUUUGGAAAGCCUCAUAAGAAAAGACCAAAAGGGGUACCGAAAUACCCCAUAUCCUUGGAUUCAGAAGCUCCAUUACAUUGCAUGUGACAUGCUUGAUAUCUCUCUCACCUUGAUUUAGGAGCUUUAGGUAUGAAGGAAAACUUGGCAAAUGGAUGUGAAGAAGUACUGGUUCGGUUCAAGAAGUCAAAGGACACAAAACAUAAGGUUGGGUCGGAGCUACACAAAACCGUAUAGGAGCUAUUCUCCAAGCAGCUAUGAUGGCACAAAAACAACAGUGUGGAAGAUGCUAUGGAGAAAGCUGAAAAGAUCAUCAGAUCAUAAGAAGAAAGUGUUCAGUUCUCACACUACAAUGGAGGGUGUUUAUGAUCAAGAAACAUACUCAAUGAACUUUGAUCAAGGAACGGGAUGGAUGGAGCCAGAAAAUCUCCCUCGUUCCUUCUCAGCUCGGUUUGCUUAUCCAUCUAGGAUCUUGCCACCAAAACAUUUAUUGAGUUGAGAGUGAUCCUCAUGCAAUAACAAAACUUAGAUACAGUUGUUAUAUGUUUUUACUGUGUACGUUUUCCGAUCAGAAUUGAAGUUUCGUCUCUUUUAAUCAGAUUACUACAAAUGUUAAACUUCUUUAACUGGAAAAUAGUGCCAAAACUGCAUCCAAGUUUUGUAGUUGAUGUCACAACUACGAUAUGAAAUGUAAAAAACAUGUCUUUUUUCUCUUGAUUUUAGAGUUCAUUUGUGUAAUUUUGUUACACAUGACUAAAUGCUCCUCUCCCUCUUCCCACCUCUUUCUCUUUAGGUGUUGAUCACAUCUGCUUUUGAAAUUUGAUGUUGUUCCGGAUAAAAACUUG